UGUUUCAGUCCUUAAUGUUGCUUGAAGUGGAAUCCUGUACCAUGCACAAAGCCUCCUUCAACACUUCUCUAGCAUACCUCUCUAAUACUCUACAAGUAAAACAAGAGCCUGAUGGAGACCAGGUCUCGUGUGUAGAGAUGCUUAAAAAAGGUGAGCUACCUGGAAACCUCAACUUUAGCUACGGGAAUGAGUUUAUCAACAGUUCUGUUAGAGCCCUGCUAGCGUUGUCCCUGUUCUUACAGUGACCCCAGCUGGCCUACAGGAAAUGCAUCCUUUUAGAGCACCUGACACUCCUGGCACCAGCUUGGACCCUCUCACCCCAUUAGACCCAAAGACUCCAGUACCCCUUAGGCUGUACCCAGGGCUGGAGUUGGAUAUGCCCCUCUCCCUGACUCAUGGCUUUCAGCUUCCUGCGCUGCGUUUGCCCAACGGUCAUCUACAAUCUGAGUGUUUGCCACCUGUCUGCAUGCAGUGGCUUCUAUCAGAUGAUGAACGAGAGAAGAUUGAGCAAGUUCUGUGGACGGCAGAGAAACACCAUAACUCUAGAGCAGAUUUUCUUCUGGCUGAGCCUCCUAGGCAUGAGUGUUUUGUGCGGAACCAACCACUGGCAGAUGCCUUCAAGCUCUUUGGCAUCUCGGCAUCAAAACAAGAGAUUGGACUCGCUGGGCUUCCUGAACAGCUCCAGUCUCUGCUGAAAGACCGCUCCGAAUUUGCAGAGAAAAUGAAAUCCGAGCCACUCAGUGUGGAGAAAGGGGAUUUGGUUAAGGUGGAGGAUUUCACUCCGCUGUCAGGCUUAGAGAUUGAUGAUAUUCUCAGGAGAGAAACCUCAGGAGAUGGGGGUAAUUCCACUUUUCCUAAGGAUUCGAUAAAAUCCACCAAGUCUCCGACCACAGUCAUUCCGAGGGACAUGCAGCAGCUAGCUGUACCCUCCCGGCAGGAGGAUGGGAGAGCUGUGAAGAAGCUCAUCAUGGAGAGGAUGGCUUGGCCCUCUGAGAUCUCUAACCCUGCCCAGGAGUAUGGGCCCCUGAGAACACCACAAGGCAUGGCAACCAUAGGAGGAGAGAGAGUGGGGAACUUCGCUCCUGUGAGGCAGCCUCGAAGGGAGUUUCCCAGCAGACCUUCAUCCCCAAAACCGCUGACGCACUCUGACCUUUUGACCUCUUUCAUGAUGCUCAGACAACAGCAGGAUCUGCUCGUAGCUUCUGAAAAGGCCAGCACCACUCUAACAGAUUUACAGGCAAACAAGUUCACCAACCAGAGACCCACAGAACAGAGGCCAGCAGAGAGAGGACAGUCUAAGGUGAUGGGGACAAUGGCCUCAUCGGAUCCUCCAGAGAGAGGCAGCAUCUCUAUAGUUCAGGGAACCGACAGUAGCACCUCUAUGGGUCAGUCUAGCAGAGCUAGCACUCCCGUGGGUCAGGUUAGCAGAGCUAGCACUCCUGUGGGUCAGGUUAGCAGAGCUAGCACUCCCGUGGGUCAGGUUAGCAGAGCUAGCACUCCAAUGGCACAAGAUAACAGUGAUCGCAAGUCUGUGGUUCAGGAAACCAGAACCGAGAGGGACAACAACCACAGUAGGGUCAUACCUGUCCAAGCCACAGAGAGCCAGCUCAUGGCCCUGCGGGAGGUUCAGGCGGUGGGUGAGCCGUGUUUCUCCAGGGCGCUGGAGAUGGGUCUGAGCGCGACCGGAGGCUGCAAGGACUUCACCGGUCUAGACACGGAGCACAGCCACUUCCUGCUCAAACAGCAGCAGAAGCAGCUCUCUGUCAUGCCCGGUAAGUUCUGCAUCUGCAGCAAUGUUAUGCUGCUAUUUAGCAUUUAGAUUGCUUUUUUCCAGUGGUCUGUCCAUAAGGUGACCAACUUUCAAGUGAGAAAACAGUAUAUCAUGCCAUUGUUCGCACAUAAAACAUUUAUGUUUAUCAUUGUAAUUGGUGAAGUACUGUACCAAUUUCUUGGUGAGUGGGCAUUUGCACUUUUCACUGAGUGCAUUUACCUCAACCGCAUAAGGGAGCCUUCAGAUGGUGGAUGAAAAAUCACCUGUUGCAAGAAAUGGCCUCACCAGCCUACUCUGCUGGCAGCACUCACCGCUUUUAUCGAAAAUGGAAAAAAAGAGAAAAUCCCCAUGUAGAAUGCAGAAUAGUUGACUCCUGUUUUAUUUCUAACUAUUAAUUCCUGUUGGUGUUGAUGUUUUCAUCAGUUGAUCUGUGUAGAAAUUCCC